AUGAGCGAGUCUUUCAAGCCGAUCGACGUCGUUGUCCCAUCUACAAGCUACGUUGACGAGAUGGAGGAACGCCUCCAACUUGCCCGUUAUUGUCGAGACCAAGUCCGCCAGUGUGACCCGGAGCUAGCCAGCUACGAGCUCAACUUCAUGCAGUUGUCUGUCAUCCUAACAAUCGAUAUGCAUGACCUGCGAAACUUGAGUACCUCCCCAGGCUUGGUCCUCUAUAGCGUUAUGGGACAUACCGAGAUGUUUCUUUCCGCCGCCCGUGCCAAGACGCGGGUGCAGGAGCCGACACUAGUGGUCGAUGUCAGUGUCGAAGAGCCGUCCGAGGAUCCGUCCACUCUAAUACCGGCGGAGGCUGAGUCUUCAUCUAACGCGGCUAAGCGGGCACGGUCCGAAGAGCACGCUGAGGGAGGAGCAGGCGGGGGGUCGCCGCCGCUGCCGCCGCCAGGAGCCCAAGGUGCCCCUCGAGGCCCUUGGGGAGGGCAGGCGAGGCGUGCGGCCGAAGUGAAGCUGGUAUGA